AAAGAUCACUCACACGAACAAAGGAAACGUCGAUGUAUUCACAAUGUUGUUGAUGUUUGCAAAGUCCUUUGACACUGUUCAAGCAAACAUGCACGGGCAGGUGUCUGAGUGCUGUACCGACACGAUGAGACGAUGGUAUACAAGCCAGGCGGCCACGAACAAAUAAGCAGCAAACGCAAGUUGGAACGCUGUAAGAGCGUUCCCAUCAAGAUGUCGCAACGACGUCCAGAACGUGCGAGCAAGACCAAGGCCACAGAAAUGAUCGCCAACAUGUUCGAUCAGCCACUGCCCGAGACCGAAGACUGUCCGCUCAAGCUCACAUUCAGGAGAGAACUCUGGAACGCCUGCGCGCCAGCGCCGCAAAGCAAGAUCGCAUCACCACAGCGCCCGAACCCAGAACAGCCGCCGAAACCCAAUCCCACACCCGUCUCGACGCAAAACGCAGACACCUCAAACCGCUCCCCCGCUCCCCGCCACUGCAAAGUCAAAGUCUCCCGCUUCCAGUACGGCGGCCCCUUCGCCCGCGUAGCCGGCAAAUCCAAGAACACAAUCACCCGGGAAACACCCUGUCUACGCCCCACGUGUGCGAGCUGCUGCAAGUGGCACGCCCACCUGCUGCGCAGCCCUGUGGAAUCUCCUGCGCCUUUGACCAACACUCCGGAGUGUGUACGGGCAACCGGCACACGGCGCCUGCGCAUCACACUCCGGCACUGCGCGCGUCUUAAGUUCGCGAGCGGGCGCGGCAAGGCGGCGUUUGAGGCGCUGGUGCACGAGCGCGUUAUGAGGCAGGUUAGGGGGGAGGGCGGCGGCGUGCUGGGGAGGGAGGUGAGGCGGUGCGUGGCAGAGGAGGGGUGGACGCCGCGAAGGCGGUAUAGAGUUAGGCUUGUGUUUGGGACGGAGCGGGGGAGGAGGGGGUUUGGGGGGUUGGUUGGGAGGUGCUUGUAGUAUAGAGGGAGGUGCUUGUAGUAUUGAGGAAGGUGCUUGUAGUAUAGAGGGAGGUGCUUGUAGAUGGAU